GCUCGGCGUACAGAUAUAGCAAAAACGCCGGCACCUACAAUCGGCAGAGCAGCGCCGUGUUCAAAUGGAUUGCCAUUGUUCCAGCCACCUCCGGCCCUCUUCUCUGGUCCUCCCCCGCAAUCCUUUCUCUCUGCUCCCACAAUCCCAGCUAUCCUCCAACCUCAGUUUCUCGAGAUUGAAGAAGCAUAGAGACAAGGCUCGCCAUCGCCUUGUGAUUAGAAGUGCGUGCGAGCCUGGCGAUAGUGGCUGCGUUAAUGGGUUCCCUGUGACCCCAAAUAAGCUCUUUAUGCAAGAGGCAAUUGGAGCUGAAUAUGGGGAGGGCUUUGAGACAUUCAGGGCAGAUGGGCCCCUGAAGAUUGAUGUUGACUUUCUGAACGAUAGAUUGCAAGAAGGGUUUCUUCAACGCAUCCGUUAUGCAAUGAAACCGGACGAGGCUUAUGGGCUUAUAUUCUCCUGGGACAAUGUCGUCGCAGAUAAUAGGGCUUUAAAGUUGAACGCUUGGAAACAGCUUGCAGCUGAAGAAGGAAAAGAGAUCCCUGAAGAUGUCAAAGUCCAAAGAGACGUGCUCUGUGCAGGUGCUGAUCAUGUUUUGCGUAAGGUAUUGCUGUGGGAUGAAGCAGGGGAAGAAAUGGACAGGUUAAAGGCAAGGCUUGCCCAGUUGUAUUACGAUAACCUUCUACAACUUACAAAACCCAUAGAGGGACUGGAAGAAUGGCUAGAUGCUAUGCGUACAGCUCGAAUCCCUUGUGCUGUUGUAUCUAGUCUUGAUCGGAAAAACAUGGUGGAAGCCCUAGAACGCAUGAGGCUUAAAAAGUAUUUUCAGGCAAUAGUUACAGAGGAAGAUGGCAUGGAGUCUAUGGCCCAUAGAUUUCUCUCUGCUGCCCUGAAGUUGGAUCGAAAGCCAUCGAAAUGUGUCGUGUUUGAGGACGACCCAAGAGGAGUAACAGCUGCACACAAUUGCACAAUGAUGGCUGUGGCACUAAUUGGAGCUCAUCCGGCGUACGAUUUGGAGCAGGCUGAUCUCACGGUUGCAAGUUUCCACGAGCUCUCGGUGAUCAACCUCCGGAGGUUAUUCGCCAACAAGGGCUCCACGUUUAUGGACCUUCAGAAGCAGAUCACUGAGAAAGCUCCCCCGAAACGAAAGCUUACUAUCGAUACGAUUUUUUGAUUCUUUCAUAGAACUCAUACCUUUUCUGCCUGCUCUUGCUGUAAAUUAAGACGACUCAUCCUCCCAUUAUUUUUCUCUACUUACAAGAGUGUUGUUCUGUUGUUGUUCCA